CUUACGUCAUCUCUGCGCGCCGCGCGCAGGCCGUGCCGCCGCCAUGGUGCAGCUCGGGAGCCGCCUCCUGAGGGGCCGCGGCGGCCACGUCGUCAUCCGCUUCGCGCUGGGGGGCUGCACCAACCGGCCGUUCUUCCGCAUCGUGGCGGCCAACAGCCGGCGCGCCCGCGACGGGAAGUACCUGGAGCAGCUCGGCUGCCUGGACCCGCUGCCCAACGCGCACGGCGAGAAGGUGGCGGGGCUCAACCUGGAGCGGCUGCGCUACUGGCUGGGCUGCGGCGCGCAGCUCUCCCGGCCUGCCGAGAAGCUGCUGGGGCUGGCGGGGUUCCUGCCGCUCCACCCCAUGACGGUGACCGGCGCCGAGAGGCUGCGCCGGCGGCGACAGCGCGAGCAGCAACCGGAGGCUGCCCCUGCGGACGGCUCGGCCGAGCCCGGCACCGGCACCGCGGCCUGACACGGCCCGGCCGGCAGAGUCCCGAGCGGCCCCGGACUGCUGCGGCCUGUGUGUGCUCCGGCCCUGGACUGCACCGGCCCGGGACUGCUGCGGCCUGUGUGUGCUCCGGCCCGGGAUUGCUCUCACCCGGGGCUGCUCCGGCCCCGGACUGCACCGGCCCAGGAUUGCUCCAGUCCGGUGCUGCUCCAGCCUGCCCGGGCCCGAGGUCUCUCCCGCCCUGUCAGUGCAUCUGACCCCAUUAAAACGUUACCUCUGCACUCUG